AUGAUCGAUUGGACAUGGAAGUUCACUCAGCCUUGGAGUCGAGGUCCUCCCAGCAGAGCUUCCAGUGCCAGUACCCAAGAUUGCAAGAGCGAGCGGGCGCGCAGGGGCCAGAUGCGGCUUCCGGCAGAGAUGCAUGCAGGAACCUGGCCGAUCUCAUUGCAUCAGGUACCCGCAAGUACCUCCGGCGCCCCCUGCUACCGCAAGCUCUACCGCAAGUGCUGGGCACUAGUGGUAUUUAGUGCCCCCAGUGGUACCUGGCCUGUGCUACUCCGUCCGGCCCAGGUUGCCAGGGACGGACAGGAAAGAGCUCUGGCCGAGCGGGGUUGUUCAGCUACUGCCCCUUGCGCCAAAAGACGCCAAGGCUGGCAGCAAGCCGGGCGCGGUGCCAUCCGCUUUCAGCCAGCCAGGAUGGAAGCCAAAACCCCGUGUGAUGCGCCACCGCUUGGCUGGCUUGGCUGGGUUCGAAAGAAGAACUUGACACCUGGGCCUUCAUUCGUCAUGCAUCCCUACGCAAAAGACGCCACCAAUGCAUCAUCAUCCUAUCAGCACCUUACGGAGAGCUGUGCGAGCCAAAGAGCAUCUUUGGCACUGAAUAUCCUGGCAUCGCAGUCGGGGGCGGAGAAGCUGCUGACCACCCAUUGCCUUGGCAGUGGCCAGACAGACAUAUUCACCGCUCCAGGGAUAUCCAGAGCACAUGCACGGAAUAACAGGCCUAAUCAGCCUCUCUCCUGGCAGAACCACAUGAAAAAGGAACGGCAUUAUCAAUCAACGACUAUAGCCGGUACUACUCCAAACUCUCUUCUUGUUCCGCAAUGGAUUGCUGGGCCCAAGACACAGCCAGCAUUCAUGCCGUCCCUUGCGCCACGCUACAUUGUGCUCUGA